AUGUAUCUCUUGGGCAUAUUUUAUCGAUUAUUUUUUUCUUAUCAAAUUAUCUAUCUAUCUAUCUAUCUAUCUAUCUAUCUAUCUAUCUAUAUAUAUAUAUUGGUAGCAUGCCAUCGAAUGGGACCUUCAAUUAUUCAUGUUUCCUUUCUUUCAUCUCAAUUCUUUCCCCCAUUCUCUAUAUAUAUUCAUACCUUUCUUUCAUCUCAAUUCUCUCCUCCCUCUCUAUAUAUAUUCAUACCUUUCUUUCAUCUCAAUUCUCUCCCUCCCUCUCUCUAUAUAUAUUCAUAUCUUUCUUUCAUCUCAAUUCUUUCCCCUCUCUCUAUAUAUAUUCAUACAUUUCUUUCAUCUCAAUUCUUUCCCUCCCCUCUCUAUAUAUAUUCAUACCUUUCUUUCAUCGCAUAUAUUCUUUCACCCUCUCUAUAUAUAUAUUCAUACCUUUCUUUCAUCUCAAUUCUUUCCCCCCUCUCUCUAUAUAUAUUCACACCUUUCUUUCAUCUCAAUUCUUUCACCCUCUCUAUAUAUAUAUUCACACCUUUCUUUCAUCUCAAGUCUCUCCCCACUCUCUAUAUAUAUUCACACCUUUCUUUCAUCUCAAUUCUUUCCGCACUCUUUAUAUAUAUUCAUACCUUUCUUUCAUCUCAAUUCUCUCCCUCCCUCUCUCUCUAUAUAUUCAUACCUUUCUUUCAUCUCAAUUCUUUCCCCCCUCUCUCUAUAUAUAUUCACACCUUUCUUUCAUCUCAAUUCUUUCCCCACUCUCUAUAUAUAUUCAUACCUUUCUUUCAUCUCAAUUCUCUCCCUCCCUCUCUCUCUAUAUAUUCAUACCUUUCUUUCAUCUCAAUUCUCUCCCUCCCUUUCUCUAUAUAUAUUCAUACCUUUCUUUCAUCUCAAUUCUUUCCCCCCUCUCUCUAUAUAUAUUCAUACCUUUCUUUCAUCUCAAUUCUUUCCCCCCUCUCUAUAUAUUCAUACCUUUCUUUCAUCUCAAUUCUCUCCCUCCCUCUCUCUAUAUAUAUUCAUACCUUUCUUUCAUCUCAAUUCUUUUUCCCCCUCUCUCUAUAUAUAUUCACACCUCUCUUUCAUGUUUUCAAGUGUAUACAGAUUAGACCAUUAAUGGAUGCAUUUGCUAUUUCUGUCCCCUUCUUCUUCUUCUUCUUCUUCUUCUUCUUCUUCGUCUUCUUUCUUGUUCUUGUUCUUCUUCUUCUUAUUAUUAUUAUUCUCCUUUUUCUCCCCUCUUCCUCCUUUUCUCCUUCUUCUUCUUCUUCUUCUUCUUCUUCUUCGUCUUCUUCUUCUUCUUCUUCUUCUUCUUUCUUGUUCUUGUUCUUCUUCUUAUUAUUAUUCACCUUUUUCUCCCCUCUUCCUCCUUUUCUUCUUCUUCUUCUUCGUCUUCUUCUUCUUCUUCUUCUUUCUUGUUCUUCUUCUUCUUCUUCUUCUUAUUAUUAUUCUCCUUUUUCUCCCCUCUUCCUCCUUUUCUUCUUCUUCUUCUUCUUCGUCUUCUUCUUCUUCUUCUUCUUCUUCUUUCUUGUUCUUGUUCUUCUUCUUAUUAUUAUUAUUCUUUUUCUUUUCCUCCUUUUCUCUUCUUCUUCUUCGUCUUCUUCUUCUUCUUCUUCUUUCUUCUUCUUCUUCUUCUUUUCUUCUUCUUCUCCUUUUUUCUUCUUUCUUUUUCUUCUUCUUCUUCUUAUUCUUCUUCUUCUUCUUCUUCUUCUUCUUCUUCUUCUUUCUUGUUCUUCUUCUUCUUCUUCUUCUUCUUCUUUAUUAUUCUCCUUUUCUCCCUUUCCUCCUUUUCUUCUUCUUCUUCUUCUUCUUCUUCUUCUUCUUCUUCUUUCUUGUUCUUGUUCUUCUUCUUCUUAUUAUUAUUCUCCUUUUUCUCCCCUCUUCCUCCUUUUCUUCUUCUUCUUCUUCUUCUUCUUGUGUUUGUUAUUGUUAUUCUCCUACUUCUUUUCCUCCCCUCCUCCUCCUUUUCCUCCUCCUCCUUUUCCAACUUUUCUUUUCUUCUUCUUCUUCUUCCUCUUCUUCUUCUUUCUUGUACUUCUUUCUUGUUCUUGUUCUUAUUAUUAUUCUCCUACUUCUUCUUCUCCUCUCCUCCUCCUCUCCUUUUCCUUCUUCUUCUUUCUUCUUCUUCUUUUUAUUAUUAUUAUUCUCCUUUUUCUCCCCUCUUCCUCCUUUUCUUCUUCUUCUUCUUUUUUGUGUUUGUUAUUGUUAUUCUCCUACUUCUUUUUCUCCCUUCCUCCUCCUUUUCCUCCUCCUCCUUUUCCUACUCCUUUUUCUUCUUCUUCUUCUUCUUCUUCUUUAUAUUGUUCUUAUUCUUAUUAUUCUCCUCAUCUUCUUUUUUCUCCUCCUCCUCCUCCUUUUCAUUCUUCUUUCUUCCUUCUUUUCUUUCAUUAUUUUCCCUUUCAUCUUCCAUUCUUCUUCUUCUAUCUUUCUUCUCCCUUAAUUUUCUUCUUGUAUCACGAAGUACUCCUUUCAUUUAUCUAUCAAUCUCAGUUCGUUCAUUACCGUUUAUUUGUAGCGAUCUCUCUCGAUCUGUAUUUACUACAGUCUCUAUUGCUCGAGAUAUAUCCCAAGACCCCCCCCGCUUUCAAUUAUCUAUUGACCUGUUUUGCGGUCUCUCACUCUAUCUUUCCUUCUCUGUCUAAAUGUAUCGAUCUAUUUCAAUAUGCCAUUACUGUCGAUCCAGUCGUUCCAUAUUACUAUAUGGUCGGCUUGAUUACCCACCCGGAGCAUAUAGCCUGUACAUUCGUCUAUCUCAACUUUCAUGUACUGUUUCCAUUUCUAUCUAUCUAUCUAUCUAUCUAUCUAUCUAUCAGGCAUAUUUUAUCUAUCUGUUAUGACAUAAUCUAUCUAUCUAUCUAUCUAUCUAUCUAUCUAUCUAUCUCACCGAAUAAAUCUCUUGAAUACGUCUCUUCUUUCAUUUUUUUCUUCUAUUCUCUCUUUUCGUUUAUACUCACCUGUUUCUGCAUCUAUCUAUCUAUCUAUCUAUCUAUCUCACCGAAUACAUCUUUGUGGAUAUCAGUGCAUAUCUAUCUAUCUAUCUAUCUAUCUAUCUAUCUAUCUAUCUAUCUAUCUAUCUAUCUCACCGAAUACAUCUUUGUGGAUAUCAGUGCAUAUCUAUCUAUCUAUCUAUCUAUCUAUCUAUCUAUCUAUCUAUCUAUCUCACCGAAUACAUCUCUGUGGAUAUCAGUGCAUAUCUAUCUAUCUAUCUAUCUAUCUAUCUAUCUAUCUAUCUAUCUCACCGAAUACAUCUCUGUGGAUAUCAGUGCAUAUCUAUCUAUCUAUCUAUCUAUCUAUCUCACCGAAUACAUCUCUGUGGAUAUCAGUGCAUAUCUAUCUAUCUAUCUAUCUAUCUAUCUAUCUAUCUAUCUAUCUAUCUAUCUCACCGAAUACAUCUCUGUGGAUAUCAGUGCAUAUCUAUCUAUCUAUCUAUCUCACGUCUCCUUUCUUUCUUUUAUUCUUUCUUCUAUUCUCUCUUUCCGUUUAUACUCACCUUUUUCCGCAACUUCGACCUAA